AUGCCGUUCAUCUCCAAAGAUUGGAGGUCUCCUGGCGAAGAAUGGGUGAAAACACGAAAGGGAUGUUGGGAGAAGAAGAAAGUACUCGAAAACUGCAAAUCAUUAACAAUAGAUAGCUGUGAACAAGAUGCUGAAAUGGCCAUUCAACCUCACUGUCAUAUCACAAUUAAAUGUACUAAAGAAAUCGCCGGUUUCAACGAAUUCGACGAAGCCGUCAAGCGCCUGGACUUCAGCAGCGCAGUGCGCGACGUGCGCAGAUUCAACUACAUCUGCGCGUUGCUCGACCUCCUCAUCGGCCAACAGAUGACGGCGCUGUCGGGUUGCGCGCAAAGAGUGCUCUUGGCCAUGCUGGAAGAGGUCGCUAGGUACGCGACGGCCAGUCAACACAAUCCUAGGAGGCUGAGGCAUUUACUCAAUAAUCUAGAGGGGUUGAGGGCAGCCGAGAGAUCCGCUUGUUGGGGUGGUCCUCUAGGUUCUCAGCUAUUGUGGACCCAGCACACGUCCCAAAUCGAACAAAUACUCAACAUGGCAGCCCAGAUGCAGAUUUGCGGUCCGAAUCCCGAAAGUUACCCGCAACUUCUGCAGCUACCCGAAGAAUGCAUUAGAGAGAUAAUUCUGAGACUGUCUGACCACCAAGAUCUGACUGCUAGUGCCGAGACAUGCGAGCAAAUGGCUUCCAUCGUUGGGGAACAGCGGGUGUGGAGAGAACUGACCAAAUUCCAUUUCACGCAACAACAAAUAGACCUAGUGUUACCAAAGGACAAUGAGAAAAUUGACUGGAAGGACGUUUAUCACUCGCUGAAGAAGUCGUUCGGAGUGAACGAAGAGCGCCAGUACGCCGAAAUGUUGUCGCUGUGCAAAUACUGCCGUUGCCUGUUCUGGCGGUCCCUCGGCCAUCCGUGCAUCGCCGACCAGAGCCCCGAGUUUCGGGCCCGGCUGCAAGAGGCCGGGGGCCUCACAGCGCCCAGUCCGGUGCCCCCUUCGGCCUUCCUCAAGUUCUUCUCCUUGUAGGGUGGUCCGCCUACUGUUGGUCUUGCAGCUCGCUCGCGUUUCCCGACGAAUGGGGAAGACCACUGAUUUUUUUGAAACGGCAUCAUCGUGAGCUCUAUAGCAAAAA